AUGCUCCCCGCCAUGGACACCCUACUCCCACCCAUCCAUCCAUCGAUCCAUCAGCCUCCAUUGCUAGCCAGCCACCCCCAUUACUCUCCACCUAGCCCAACAACAACCACCGCCGCCGCUGCCAUGGCUUCCAACAACACCACCAACGCGGCCUCCGAGGUGAGCAACGCCAUCACCGACCUCAACGACCACCUGGCCACCGCCCUCGGCGCCGGCGACGAGGCCGGCAAGACCACCGUCAUCACGCUGGCGGGGGAGAACAACGGCGCGGCCAUGGACGCGGAGGACCUGGUCGUCGUCGAGGCCGGCGGCGAGGGGGACGAGGAGGAAGGCGAGGACGAGGAGGUGCACGUGGCCGCCUACACCAACAGCAACUACCAGGCGGUGAACAACUCGGUGCUCCUCGCCGGCAGCUGCGCCGUCAGGGACCCCGGCGUCCACGUCGUCAUCGUGGAGCACGUCGACGACAUCCGCGACUGCGACGGCGACGAGAUCUUCGAGGACGGUGAGGUGGCCAAGUGA